AAUAAAUAUGACACGUGUAAAUUCAAAAAUUAAAGUUCUUGUGGCUAUCAAUAUUCUUCUUUUGGCCUCCCUAGGCAACUGCAAAGCAUUUUUCAAGGACCAAUACAAUGAAAAUAAAUUUGAUGAUAUCUGGAAAGGACCAGCUGAUAUUGAAAUUGAACCCUUUGAUAUCAUAUUACAAGGAGAAGACCUAUCGAUAGAUAAACAAGGAGAAUAUGUCUGUGCUGUAAGAGAGGACAUUGCUCAUUUGGUCGAGCCUAAAUGGGCAUGAUGGGGAAUGGAAGCUAGAGAAGAGCACAAGUACUAUGCUAUAAGUACUGAUCAAUUUGAUUACAUAUUUGAUGCUGAUAAAGACAAUAUUUAUGUACAAUUCAUUUCAGACAUCAUAAAUCCUGUCGCAGUUGGAAACGGUACACUUGUUCUUCUGCCUGAAGGAUUUGACCAAGAUACUUUUGGCAAAGACACCCCAUACUGGCUCAAAUUUGGUCCUAAAAAGCAUGCUAGCAAUACUACAAUCCAUUUAGAGAUCACUUGGAAGGGAAAGAGAGGAAUCUGGAAGCUAAACAGAAAGCCUCCAGCUGACGAGACAGCCCACUUAUACCGCUUCAAUCUGAACCAAGAUGGAACAUAUGGAGUUCAUGUUGAUUGGCAUCCAUUUGCUGAAGGAAAAGUUGAAGAGGAUUUUGAUUUCGUAGAUCUUGAAGCACCAAUCUCUAAUAUGAUCUCAGGAGCAGGUUUUGAGACUUACAUGGUUGGCAACAUGAUCACCAAUGGAUACGUCUUGAUAGCAGACGAAGAGCAAGACACGUUUGAAUAUGGAGACUAUAUUCAUAAGCACAUCAUUGAAAGGAACUACUAUUAUGCAGACUCAGAAGGAAGAUCUAGAGGGUUUGAAGAGAUCGAGACUGAAAUAGCCAGAGACGAUUUGUAG